AUGAAGUCCAUUUUCAGUUUCCUCUUGCUUACUACUUUCUGUUUGCUUCCCUUCGUGGCCUUUUCAUCAACUUUCACUUCUACCAAUUCCAUUCUCCUGCCCACUACUGACGACAUUAAUGGUCUUCCUGUCCCCGUCCAGGACCUGGACGGGGACCCGGUCAAGAUCGGGGAAGAGUACAUUAUUCAUACUCUCCUUAGUAACGGAAAGAUUUACUUAAUCUAUGUUGAAAACACCACAUGCCCAAACGGCAUCAUCGAGAUCUCCGGUUACUAUAAGGAAGGCACGCCCGUGAAAUUCUUUACUAAGAACCCUACACGUCCUGCACCUUUUAAUGUCGUACGCGAAACGAAUGACAUUAAUAUCAUGUUCUCAGAUCCAACUACUACAAGUCUAUGUGUUAACGAAACUGUUUGGAAAGUUAGUGAUCCCGACAUAAAGGCAAAGGGGCUUAGGUUCGUGGUAACUGGUGGUACUUUAGGAAACAUAAGCAGUUGGUUCAAGAUUGAGAAAUUUAAAACGGAGAGACCAGGUUCUUACAAGUUAACGUAUUGUCCAACUUGCAGUAUUAACGAUUGUGAAGAUGUGGGCGUGCAAGUCCCACGUCUGGCUCUCACUAACAAGCCUUUAUCGUUUGGGUUCAAGAAAGUCAAGAAGAGUGAUGCAUAGUUGAUUUCUCCCGAUAAUAAUUCUUAACCUGCCUUUCUAAAUUAUGUGCGUGGAUCUAUCACUUGUC